ACCUUAAACUCUCUGCAGCCAUCUCAGAGGAGAAAGCAUUAUCAGACUCUGAAAUCAAGACGGAGAUUAAGGAUGGUCAGCGUGGGAAGGUGUCCUCUAUUCGCAUCCGUAAAAAGAUUCCAAAGCCUCAGAAUAAUCUGACCCCUAUGGGCCUUCCUAAGGUCAUCAGAGUAAAGAAGAAGGAUUUCAGCUUGGAGGAAAUCUACACAAACAAAAACUUCAGCAAACCUCCUGAUGGACGUUUGGAAACCAUAUUUGAGGUGCCUCUUAACCGGCGUGAUGGCUCUCAGGCUGUUGUGGGCCAAAAAAAGGUGAAGCGCUUUGUCGAAUUCCCUGAACUGGGUGUUGCCAGGAAGCCCAAGAAACCUCUGGUCGGUGUGAUGUCGGGUGGUGGAGCCCAGAGGAGCGCUGGGAUCUGUAGAACCAGACGAGGUGUAGGGGCCUCUUCCAAAAUGGAGGAUGGCCUCACCUUGCAGCAGCUGGAGUCUCUACUUUGCUCCAAACUUGAGGAGUUAGACACCUGGAUGGCGCUUCAGCAGGUUGCGGGCUGAGGCAGAGGUCUUGGUUGUUUUGUACAAUGGGAUUUGUAUGUAUUAUGUUAAAAUUUACUGUAAAUUCAACAAAAUGACAAUAAAUAGUCUUGCAGAGCUGUAAAA